UUUGGAUAGCAGGAGCAUUAGCGAAAAUGGCGUUUGCUGGGAAUAUUCAGACUUUUCGAAAAAACCGUCCAUCACAGUAUUUUCCGUUCAAAAUAAUCUCGAACCAAGCAUCCGACUUUGGGGAGGAUGAUUUUAGCACCGAGUAUGACAACAAUUUUGUGCCGUUCAGUAACUCUUCGAAACCAGUGCUGCGACGUGAUCAGAUGAGAGAAGUUUACAAGGAAAAAUUGGCAUUGACCCUAACGAAGAAUGCGAACGAACAGUUGGAAACGAUUCAUCGGCAGGAAGAGGAACGCAAGCAGCUGAGAAAACGGAUGAAUUAUUACAUGGCAAAGGAAAACGAGCAGGCUCCUCAGUACAGUCUACGGCGCACGGACGAUGUGGUAACAUUCUGGAGUUAUCGCUCUCGGUCAAACGCCAACCAUCGACGAAACAACGAUUUUACCAAAUCCCACGACGAGAAACUGGACGUUCAGUUUGAAUAAACGGAAUCAUUAAUACAUUUCAUUGCUUAUAAUUGGUUGCUUUAUUGCGUUGGCUUAUUGUAAAAUCAUCAAGUUUUAGGCUUUCUCGUCUGAGGCCUGGGUAGCCCCGGACGCUACCGACUGUCCAUCGUCGGCGGGUGCAUCCUGGCACGAUAGCGACGGGAACUUCUGGUACAGAGCAGCGCGGUACUUCGGAUGGCUGAUGCCGUACACAAUCGGGUUGUAGACGGCGUUGGCCUUGGCGAACAGCGAGCCCCAGAUGGUGGCCAGCGGGCUGAUCGGAGCAGCCUUGAAGAUUCCGGCGAAGUUGAUGACCAGAUACGGAGUCCAGGCCAUGAACCAGAGCGAGAUGGUGACCAGGGCGACCUUGGCCAGCUUCAUCUCGGUGCUGGUGUUCUGGGCUUCCUGCGUACGCAGCGAGGCGACGUUCAUCUUCUUGGCCUGCUCGCGCAUGUUCUUCUCGUGUGCGGACACAGCCUUCAGGAUGAAGGUGUACGAGUAGAU